AUGGCUGUUCAGGACGAAGACUUGACGGAAAAGGUUAUGGAGUUGCAAAGGCGAGAAUAUGCCUUUCUGUCCCGCUUUGCACAGCGCGAGAGAGAGAUGCGAAAGCUGGGCCAAGAGUGUGCUGAAGCUUUCCACGCCUUUGAUGACAGCCGGAAGGAUUCCUUGAAGGGUGCUUUGGUGGACCCAGCGGUGAACCUUGAAAUUGGCUUGAUGCGGCAGCGUCUGCGAAUCAAGGACCAGGAAAUUGCCCAGGUCCGGGAGGAGCUUCAAAAUGCCCAGUACCAGCCAAACAGCAUGCAGGGCAAGAAACUCCUGGACAAGUGCAACCACUUGCAAGAGGAGAACGCAGAGAUAGCGCGCCAAUUGAGUGAAGAGAAACUGCAGGUGCUGCGGAUCCAACUCUGUGCAGAACGGCGGAAACGCCUGCAAUUGCGCCAGCGCAUUGCGCAGCUGGACCAAUAUGCAGAGAAGGUGGAUGAAGAAAACGACAAGAUGACAAAAAAAUUCACUGACUUGGGUCAAAGCUUGAAAGAGACUCGUGCAGAGGUUGAGCGAUACAAGAAGGAGAUAGAAGAGAUGAAGUCGGGCAAGAAACGGAAGGACGCUGCGGCCAAGGCAGCUCAAGAGACUCCUGAGGUGCCGGCUGAAGAAGUACCUCCGGAGCAGGCAAAGCGCAGGAAGAAGGACAAAAUAUUGAAGGAGGCAGUUCAGUCUCCGCCACCUCCUGCCGUACCUGAGCCGGUGGCUGAAGCUGCUGAAACAGCUGAGGAUGAGGCUGAGCGAAAGCGAAGGAAGAAGGAGAAAAAAGAGAAGAAGAAGGAAAAGGUCAAGAAAGGCUGA